AGGUACGGGGGCGGGGCUGCGUUUCCCCGGCACGCAGCGGGACGAGGGGGGAGGAGGCGGGGUCGCGGUCGCUUCCUCGGGAGCGUCACCCGGCAACCGGGGGCCAUGGGUGCGAUGCGUUCAGACAGAGGACACACAGAAAAAGAAGAGCAGAAAGAAGAUAACAGUAGCACCGAAUGCAGCAAACUAGGAAUCAUGGAUCUGAAAUUUACUUCUUCAAGAAAAUACAUUUCCAUCAGUGUACCUUCCAAAUCUCAAACUAUGUCUCCUCAUAUCAAAUCAGUAGAUGAUGUUGUAGUUCUUGGCAUAAAUCUCAGCAAGUUUAACAAACCUACUCAAUUUUUCAUCUGUGUUUCUGGAGUUUUUAUGUUUUAUCUAAUCUAUGGAUAUUUACAGGAAUUGAUAUUUUCAGUGGAAGGUUUUAAAGCUUUUGGUUGGUACCUCACUUUAGUGCAAUUUGGAUUUUAUUCCAUUUUUGGACUAAUAGAAUUGCAGUUGAUUCAGGACAAAAGGAGAAGAAUUCCUGGCAAAACCUACAUGAUAAUAGCGUUUUUAACAGUGGGAACUAUGGGUUUGUCAAAUACCUCUUUAGGAUAUCUGAAUUACCCUACUCAAGUCAUCUUCAAGUGCUGUAAGCUGAUUCCAGUUAUGAUAGGUGGGGUUUUUAUACAAGGAAAACGUUAUAACAUUGCAGAUGUGUCUGCCGCCCUCUGUAUGAGUCUUGGAUUAAUAUGGUUUACUUUAGCUGACAGCACAGUUGCACCAAACUUCAACUUCACAGGUGUGGUCCUAAUAUCCCUUGCCCUCUGCGCAGAUGCAGUUAUAGGAAAUGUACAAGAAAAAGCUAUGAAGUUGCACAAUGGUUCUAAUUCAGAAAUGGUUUUGUAUUCCUAUUCAAUAGGUUUUGUGUAUAUUUUAUUUGGAUUAAUAUGCACUAGUGGAUUAAGCCCUGCAGUAACAUUUUGCUCAAAGCAUCCAGUUCAGACUUACGGUUAUGCAUUCCUUUUCUCCCUGACUGGGUAUUUUGGUAUAUCCUUUGUUCUAGCUUUGAUUAAAAUCUUCGGUGCCCUUCUGGCUGUAACAGUAACAACAGGAAGAAAAGCAAUGACCAUUGUGCUUUCUUUCUUCUUCUUUGCAAAGCCGUUCACAUUACAAUACGUGUGGUCAGGCUUACUGGUUGUCCUUGGUAUAUUUCUGAAUGUUUACAGUAAGAACAUGGAUAAAAUCAAACUGCCUUUACUGCAUGGUCUCUGGAAAAAAAAUGUGGAAGAAAGAAAAACAAGGACGUUGUCACAAACUGUAUAGACAGUGGUUUAUGCCUUGUCUAGGCUAUGACUCACUAUUAUUUUAUUGGAACAGUCUUCAACUGAUUCACUUUCCAAAGGGAACAUUAUUAAAACCAAAGGAGCUGAAGGCAUAUUGUCUGCUUGCAGAUUGCUAGAAGCGCACAUUUUUGUGAGCCCUUUCUUCAGAGCACUUGAAUUCAUCGGUAAAGGUGUUGCAGGCCAUUGUCAGAUGGCACUAUCAGGCAAUGAAGGACAACAGCUCCUGGCAAACGGCUGAGAAGCUGCGCUCCAAGUGGGACACAGGAGAAGAGUAUUUUGGCCGUUUUAAUAAUAUUGGCCAUGUGGCUGAGCUGAAAUUAGUGGUUCUUCGUUAAUUGUCUAUGUGGGAUAAUUUAAAUGUAAUACUGUAUUAACAUUUAAUGAAACCUUAAUCAGCAACUGGUUGACCAAAUUGUGAUUUUAAGGGUGGAAGGUUUACAAUAUGGUAUGUUGUCACUGUUUUUCAUUUUAAAUAAAAAUGUUGGGUUUUUUUUAAGUUACUGAUUAGGUCACCACAGAACCUUGUAUUUAUUGUAAUAAUUGAUUUUUCUAUGGGAAUAUUACAGUGUUACUCUUUUUUAUUAUUGCUUGCAAGUAGCAAAAAUGAGAUUGAGGUUGUGCAGUCAACACCUAUGGUUUUACAAGUGGUGAAUGGGCUUUUAGGCCUGAACAGGGUUAGAACACAGAAUGAAAAAGCCAAGAUUGAAACAAUGGUGUAAAAAGCUGUUAUUUGCUUAUUCUGUGGCAAAAUACAGAAUUUUUAGUGGCCUGUGGCCCUGCAUAUCAUGAUGGUAUAGAGAGAGGUGGAAGUCCUUUAAUUAGUAUCAUUAAAAGUCUUCAUUUGCAAUAUUGGAGUAAAGAAUAACAACAUCUGCUAAGGUAUUUGGAAUAUGUAUUGUGUCAGUCUUAGUGUGGUCCUGUGAUGAAUUUAAGAGGAUUAGGUUACAGAUUAUAAUUUAUUUAAUGACAGGAGGAGACAGUAUAAUACCAGUCUGUCUUUUUCAUCGUGAAUUUAAGAAAUUAAUUUAAGACUAAGUGCAUUUAUCUCUCUUACUUUCAUAUUCAUCUUGCUUUUGAAUCGCUUGCCAUCUCUUUGAUUUUAUGUAUUUAACAAUGGCACUUUAAAAAUACUGAUCACCUUACAGUUAAUUGUU